AUGGAUUUUCAAAACCGCCCUGGCGGUAAAACUGGUGGUGGAGGAGUAGCGUCAUGGUCUGAAAGUAAUCGAGACCGACGCGAAAGACUUCGUCAACUGGCGUUGGAGACCAUUGAUUUGAAUAAGGAUCCCUAUUUUAUGAAAAAUCAUUUGGGAUCAUAUGAGUGCAAGCUUUGUUUAACUCUUCACAACAAUGAAGGAAGUUAUUUAGCUCAUACUCAGGGUAAAAAACAUCAAGCCAAUUUAGCGCGUAGAGCUGCAAAAGAAGCUAAAGAGGCACCGCAACAAUUAGCCCCUGAGAAGCCUAGAAUUGAACCCAAGAAAUUUGUCAAGAUUGGAAGACCUGGUUACAGAGUUACAAAACAGAAAGAUCCUGAAAAUGGCCAACAAAGCUUACUAUUUCAAGUAGAUUAUCCUGAAAUUGCUGAAGGAGUACAACCAAGACAUCGCUUCAUGUCUGCCUAUGAGCAAAAGAUAGAACCUCCAGACCGCAGGUGGCAAUACUUGUUGUUUGCUGCUGAACCAUAUGAGACAAUUGCAUUCAAAGUUCCAAGCAGAGAAGUGGAGAAACAUGACUCCAAGUUCUGGACUCACUGGAAUAAAGACACUAAGCAGUUCUUCCUACAAUUUGCAUUUAAAAUGGAACCAUUACGUAUGCCACCACCUCCUCCCAAGAUGUGGGAGAAUCAUGGAAUGCGACUGCCGCCUCCUCCUGGGGCUCCAUUAAUGGGAGUACCUCCUCCUCCACCCUUAUUACCUGUACCCCCACCACCACCUUCAAUGUAA